AAAGACAUUCUAUAUACAAUUUCCUGAAAAUUUAUCAAAAGACCUUGUUAAAAAAAAUCACGUCAUUUUAUUCCAGUUUAUUUUGUCGACAAUAUUAAUAGUUAAUUAUUUUUUUUUCUUUUUUGGUCCCCACGUAUAUAAUUAAAUAAUAAUUCAAACUAAAUGAGGAAUUUGUGAAUUUUUUACUACGUGGCAUCUAUUAUUUUGUGAUAAUUAUUUCUUGAACUAUUGUGUUUUCAGAAACAAAAAAAAAAUGACUUUAAUCGAAGGAGUCGGCGAAGAAGUAACAGAUUUCUUCAUAAUUGUUGGCGUUUUAUUAAUUGGUUGGCUCGCAUGGUGUUCAACUAAUAUAAGCGAUCAGCCAUUAAUACGAACAGUACUUAUUUUACAACAUCGAACACGCACACGUAUCGCCGAAUUGGCAGUCAACAAUAAUAUUAAUUCGGCAAGUCAAACUUCAAGUUUAGAUAUAUCAGAAGAUGAAACACGAUUAACUGAUCCAGCAAAUGCCAACGAUCCACAAACUUCUGUCGAUAAUGGAACGGAAGUUCCAGUUGAAACGAAUGCAACAACAAAUAAUGCUGAAACUGCAUCGGAAGAAGUUUUAAUUGAAGCAAUGGAUUCAUUUAAUAAUGACGAAUCACGUUUACUUCAAAGACCGGCAAAAUUGAGUACAUCAGAUUCAACUGAUUCACAAACAACUGUCAGUGAGACUAAUCAGGAUGUUAUUGAAGAAACUGUUGCUGAUGAUUUAUCAACAAUGAGUGAAGACACGAAAAUAAGCAUUAAAUUGAAAUUUAUUAACGAUGAUCAAAAAUUGGUCACGGGAAAUCUAAAGGAAAUGCUAGGAGAUUUUAAAAGACGACAUUUCCAAGAUGAAUUGGAAUCACAAAAAUUAGUGCGUCUCGUAUUCAAUGGACAAGUUCUUCAACCCGAUAGUAAAACAUUGGAACGUUGUGGUCUUUUUAAUAAUUGUGUUGUACAUUGUUUGGUCCAUCAACCACGACCAGCAUCAAUGACAACAUCGUCAACAUUGGAAAAUUCAUCGUCAAUUUAUUUUAAUCCACAAACAUUUCAGGAUAUUCCUGAUGCCACGGGUCUCAGUUCGUUACAAGACGAAUGGGAUUUAAGUAGACUUUUAUGCAGCAUUUUAACACUUGUAUUAGGACUCGCUUGGUAUUCACAUUUUCAUUAUUCACAAUUAUUCACUGUAACAACGACACUUGCUUUAUAUGCAUUAACUGCAGUUUUCACUGCUUCCUUAUUUGGUCACUUUUUUUCAAAUCAGGACAAUGCCCGUGUUGUUGAAUAAAAAAAAAAUCCUCUAUAUAUAUAUUUAUAAUUUUUAAAUAUAUAUAUAUAUAUAUAUAUAUUUACAUGUGAAAGCAAUAAUGAAUUGUGAUUUAAAAAAAAAUAUAAGAGAAGCAGGCGCAUGGCGCCUUUAUCGCAGGAUUUUGUGGCCAAUAUUAAUAUUACCGUUGCUAAGGAAAAAAAAAUCCAUAGCAACGGUUGCUAAGAAAAAACGUUCAUGGAAACGGUUACUAUGGAAACUAUUACCAUGGCAACCGUUACUAUGGAUACUGUUACCAUAGCAACCGCUACUAUUGAAACUGUUACCAUGGAAACGGUUGCUAUGGAAACGGUUGUAAUAGAAACCGUUGCUAUGGAAACUAUUACCAUGGCAACCGUUACUAUGGAUACUGUUACCAUAGCAACCGCUACUAUGUAAACUGUUACCAUAGCAACCACUACUAUUGAAACUGUUACCAUGGAAGCGGUUGCUAUGGAAACUGUUGCCAUAGCAACCGUUACUAUAGAUACUGUUACCAUAGCAACCGCUACUAUGUAAACUGUUACCAUAGUAACCACUACUAUUGAAACUGUUACCAUGGAAACGGUUGCUAUGGAAACUGUUGCCAUAGCAACCGCUACUAUGGAAACUGUUACCAUGGAAAUGGUUGCUAUGGAAACUGGUUGUAAUGGAAACCGUUGCUAUGGUAACUGUUGCUAUAGUACCGUUACUAUGGUAACUGUUGCUAAGGAACUUGUUACUAUAGCAACCACUACUAUGAAAACGGUUGCUAUGGAAACCGUACAAGUGUACGACAGACGGACGGACGUCAAAGCGAAACUAUAAGGCUUUCAAGUCCUGGGCCACAAAAUCCUAAAUAAAAACAAUGCGGCUUGUCUUUAUUGUGAAUAAUAAAUUGCCAUGCAAAUAUAAUUGUUGAACAAUUUGCCACGAGGUGUUUUUUGUUUUUUUUGUUUUUUUUUUAUUAUUUUUUUUAUGCUACAGUGGACAAAUGUCGCAUAAAUAUUUUGCUGGUGAAAUACUGCGAUUUCAAAUAUAUAUUAUAUAAUGAGAAUGUGCGAUGAUCCUAGUCUUACUUUUUAUUGUUAAGAAUAAUAAUAUCGUUUUGUAUACAAACAAAAAAAAGAUCGAGUCGAUAUACAAAAAAAAAAAAAAAAUGUAAAUUAUAAUUCGUAUAUUUAAUGUUUAAAAGAAGAGAAAAAAAAAUGUAAAUGAUUGUGCGACUUAAUUUGACUGUGUGAAAAAAAGUACACAAAAUUAAGUUCUUUAAAUUGUGUCACUUAAAUGUAGUUUUUGUUUUUAACAUAUAUUUUUUUUUUUAGAUUUAAAAAUAUAUUGUUAUACAGAAAUGAAAAAUAGAAUAAUAAACUAUGUAGACGUGCGAAAGAUUUAAAAAAAAUUACAUUUCAAUGAUUUAUAUACAAAAAUUUAAUUAAACUAUGUAUAGAUUGAAAUGAUGGAACAAAAUUACAAAAAUAGAGAUUUUCAAUAUUUUUUUUUUAAAGAUAUUAAUUGUUUUAUUUAUUUAUAUUGCAAAAAAAAAAAUUAAAUAUUCUGUAACGAAAAUCUCUAUUAUUAUAAUCAGAAUAAAAAUUUUCAAAUAAGAAAAAUAAAUGAGAAAAGUGUAUAUUAGAAAAAUAAAUUGUACAGUGUAUAUAUCUAUUACUAUUAAAUUACUUAUAAAUUCA